AUGUGCUUUAACUAUAAGUAUGAUGGAGAUACAUCAUUUUUGAUUAAAGAGCUAGAAGCCGUGAGCAAGAAUUUGGGACUUCGUGUUGCACUCGACGACUUCGAAGAAUACAUUCUAGAUCAAGAGGUGAGCAUUAAUUUGCUAUUGAAGGAGUUUGGACUAGAGUCGGCAAAUGGAGUGCGCACACCAUUUGGAGACGAAUGCAAUGAAAGGGCCAAGGACGAUUGCGAAUUUUUACCAGCUACUGAUGUAAACGGUAAACAAAGUGUGAAGUCUUUUCAGUCGCUGGUGGGAAGUCUGCUACGGAUUGCAAAGUGCACGCGACCGGGCAUUUCUUUUGCGGUACACAAGACAACAAGACAGAAGCACAAUCCGACAACCUAG